UUUAAUCCUCUAUCAUUAUGCUUGUUUCCCUCUAAGCUUCUUAGCUUGAACAGAACAAUGUUUUGGGGAAAACUAUAACUUGUUUUUUUCACUUGCUCAUUCUUUUUUCAGACAUUUUGAGGAGAGGGUCAAGUGAAAUACUCCCGGCCCUUCUCCGUUACAAUUUGGUAAAUUGAACGCGAAGCAAUAAUAUAUGCAAUUAUUUGCUUUACAAAAUCUAAUUUAUCCAGUAGUUUAUAUCAUAGUAUAUAUAUAGAUCAAGCAUGGCAGAAAAUAAUCGUAAGAGGAAUUUCGUGAUUAUUGGUGUAUGUUCAUUAAUCUUGGUGGCUAUGGUAGUUGUAGCAGUUGUAACCAUUAAUUGGAAAGAUAAGGAUGAUAAUGCUCAAGAUGUCUCGACUACGAAAAAAGCUAUUGAAUCCGUAUGCCAAACUACACAUUAUCAACAGACGUGUGUUGAGAGCCUCGAGUCCUCGGCUGAUGGCUCCUCAGAUCCCAAAGUCCUUAUCGAAAAGUCCUUUCAGGCGACAAUUAAGAGAAUUAAGGAAGCAAUUGACAAGUCAACAGUCAUGCAAAAACUUGAGAAGGAUCCAAGAGCCAAAAUGGCCCUGGAUAACUGUGAGAAGCUAGCAGGGCGAGCCGUUAAUGAUCUCAAUAGAACACUCAUCAAAUUCGAAAGUUUUGAGUUGAAUGACCUGGGUCUUUGGAUUGCUGAUUUGAAGAUUUGGCUGAGUGGUGCAAUUACAUAUCAAGAAACUUGCUUGGAUGGCUUUGAGAAAACAACCGGAGAGACGGGGGAGAAAAUGAAAAAGGCACUGAAUGCUUCCAUGGAGCUAACUAGCAAUGCCCUUUCAAUGAUCACCGAGAUUUCAGCUGUCUUCACGAGCCUCAACGCUGGCUCCAAUCGUCGCCGUCUCCUUUUUGAUGAGCAUGGAAUCGAGUUGUUACCUGAUUGGAUUGAUAUGGGAAGGCGCAGACUUCUUGCUGUUAACAUUUCUAAGGAAAUCAAACCUGAUAUGGUUGUUGCCAAGGAUGGAUCAGGCAAAUACAAGACUAUCAAUGAGGCUCUCAAAAAUAUCCCACUUAGUAGAAACGAGACUUUUGUUCUGUACAUCAAACAGGGUGUUUAUAAUGAGAAAGUGGAGAUUACUAGCCUCAUGACGCAUUUGGUCAUCGUUGGGGAUGGCCCGACAAAAACAAGAAUCACCGGAAACCGAAACUUCAAAGACGGCAUGCCCACCAUUCAAACUGCAACUGUUGCUAUAAUGGGAGAUUAUUUCAUUGCUAAGGACAUUGGUUUCGAGAACUCUGCUGGUCCAGAUAAACACCAGGCCAUAGCUUUGAGAGUGGCAGCAGAUAAAUCAAUCUUCUACAAUUGCCAUGUGGAUGGCUACCAAGACACGCUCUGCGUCCACACCUAUAGACAAUUUUAUCGGAAUUGUACAAUCAGAGGCACCAUCGACUUUGUUUUUGGUGAUGGUGCUGCUGUGUUCCAGAACUGCACUAUAGCAGUACGAAAGCCUCUGAAAGAUCAACAAUGCAUUGUCACAGCACAAGGAAGGACAGACGCACGCCAGCCAACGGGACUUGUCUUUCAAAACUGCAGCAUUGUGGCUGAUGAUUCUUAUAAAGAGGUCAAGGGGGUAGUCAAGGCAUAUCUUGGUCGUCCAUGGAAACAGUACUCAAGAUCUAUCAUAAUGGAAUCUUCUAUAGAUGAUCUAAUUCAGCCAGAAGGAUGGUUGGAAUGGAACAAAACAUUUGCUUUCGAGACAGUAUUCUAUACAGAAUUCAACAAUAGAGGGUCUGGAUCAUCCAAAACAAAUCGUGCAAAAUGGUCAGGUGUUAAGGAACUUCCUAUUAACCGUAUUCAACGAUUCACAGCAUCAAAAUUCCUCGAUGGCGAUGUGUGGAUACCAUCUACUGGUAUCCCUUAUACCUCUGGAUUUUCCUUAUCGCCACCAAAAUCUGAUGGUUCCGUCAAAUACUCUCCCGUGGAUGACGAAGAAUACAAAGACUUGGGAAGUGCAGCGGAUGCAGUUGCAGCUCCCACAUAUGCUCCGUCGACUGAAUCAGAAGCUCCGCAGUCAGAAUCUCCAGUGAAAUCUCCGUCACAACCACCGUCAGAACGUGCGGCAGAAUAUAUAGAUGAGUAUAAGGCAGCAAUGGCACAAGUACCAAGUCCAGCGGAAUCUCCAGGGGAAAAAAUUUGGCUGCGCAACUCUAGUGGGAGUGAGGGCAGCUCAUAAUAAUCAUGUGGUUUUCUGAGAAUAAUCAUGUACUUCUCAUCUUCUUGAAUGGGAAUUUUCGUUGCUUA